AUGCAGGCGCGGCGCUUGGCCAAGCGCUCCAGCAUGGGCAGCCGGCGGCUGAGCGCGGCGGCGCCGCAGGUGGACGCGGUCCGGCCCCCCAAACCCGAGAGCGCCUGGAGGCCGCCCCGGCGGGAGGGCUCCGCUGCAGCGCUGGAAGAAGAGGACGAAGACGAGGACGUUGUGGUUGAGGUGGAGGAGGAAGAGGAGGAGGAGGAGGGCGGCCUGGGGAGCGCCCCCCCGGCGUUGGCCGGCCACGGCAAGGGCCCCCUCCGGGGGAGCUUUAAGGCAGCCAACAUCAAGCGUGAAAUGACCUUCCAUGCAUUUCAACAGGAGGAUGUAAAAAGUGACAUCAGUCGAAAACUGCCAGACCAACAGUUUCUCCUGUUCACCACAAAGGAGGAAGAUUUAAAAACAGCAGAGACCAAAAAACUUAACAGAGCUCAUGAGUAUGAAAAAGAAAACACUCGUUCUGUUUGUCUUCUGGAACAGAAGCGCAAGGUUGUUUCUUCAAAUAUUGAUGUGCCUCCAGCAAGGAAAUCUUUGGAAGAGCUGGACAUGGAUAAAGUAACAGCAGCCAUGGUACUCACCAGUUUGUCCACCAGCCCUUUGGUCCGCAGCCCUCCUGUCCGACCCAACGAAUCCCUGAAUGGAUCUUGGAAAGAAGGAGGAUUUGUGCCUUCUAGUACCAGCAGCAGCGGAUACUGGAGCUGGAACGCUCCCAGUGACCAGUCCAACCCAUCCACCCCAUCUCCACCUCUGUCAGCUGAUAGCUUCAAAGCUUUUCGGACACCUUCCCAGCCAGAUGAUGGUAUUGAUGAAGGUGAAACAAGCAACCUUCUGUUCGAUGAACCCAUUCCUAGGAAGAGAAAGAACUCCAUGAAGGUGAUGUUCAAAUGCCUGUGGAAGAACUGUGGGAAGGUACUGAGCACAGCUGCAGGGAUUCAGAAACACAUACGGACCAUUCACCUUGGACGUGUAGGAGAGUCUGACUACAGUGAUGGAGAGGAGGAUUUUUACUAUACAGAAAUCAGGCUCAACACGGACUCAGUAGCUGAUGGCUUAAGCAGUCUUUCCCCAGUCUCUCCAUCUUUAGCAUCUCCUCCUUCCUUUCCCACCCAAGACGCAAUCCGUCCUGAAACAUCCUGUGCCAAAACCGAGACUAAAGUGAUGACACCUCUGAGCCGCUCAGCUCCUACCAACCUCUACCUCGUACACACGGACCAUGCUUACCAGGCCACUCCUCCGGUGAACAUUCCAGGGUCAGCAAAAUUCACUCCCAAUGGCAGUAGCUUUAGCAUCUCUUGGCAGUCGCCUCCAGUUACCUUCACCGGCAUUCCAGUCUCACCAACCCAUAAUCGUCCUGCAGGGAGUGGAGAGCAGAAACAGUCCCACACAGUUCUUUCAUCACCGCCUAGAGUAGCAUUUGGCUUGAGGAAGCCUAGAGGGGAGGGGAAAAAGUGUCGGAAGGUCUAUGGGAUGGAGAACAGAGAUAUGUGGUGCACUGCCUGCCGGUGGAAGAAGGCCUGCCAAAGGUUCAUCGACUAACGAUUGAAAUGAUGCAGAGGAUUUGGGGAGGGGGAGGACAACAGCAGAAGCAGAUUGCUGCAGCUGCACUGUAUCACUUCCCAUGUUCCCCUCCAUGUGGUGUUGGGGGUUUUGGUUUUUUGGGGAGGUUUUUUUUUUGUUUGUUUGGGGUUUUUUUUUGUUUGUUUGUUUGGUUUUUUUUGUUUUUUUUUUUUUAAGAGCUUUGUAUUUCAAAAUGAAGCACUUGUAGCCAAGGAGAAGCACUAAUUAAAACCUGUGUGGAGCAAUAGAGCAAAAAAAAAAAACAAAAAAGCAAAACCAAGAAGACCACACAACAAAAUUUGUCUGAGUAAGUGUGGAAACCAGAGCAGCUAUUAGUGUUCUUCUGUAAAAAAAAAAGGAAAAUAUUAAUUAUUUUGCUAAUUCUGUGAGCUGCUUGCUCCCUCGGAUCAUUUUUAACCAUUUCAGUCUUUCUGCUGUGAACGUCUGUAUUUGCUAAACUGAACAAUUUUUCUUUUCCUGAAAUGAAGAUCUCUUUUUGAAAGCUUUCUAAUAAACACUUCAGAGUCAUAUAAGCUACAGUUUUCUCAACAAAAGCUGUACUAAGACUGGAGACUGCUAAAUAAUUCUCCUGAUACAAAUGAUCAUGAUUAUAUUUUUGAAAAGGGCAUGUGGGAAAGAGUUGGGAUUUUAAUUUGAUUGUUUAUAGGAGAAAAGCAAAGCUGAUUUUGCAAGAAGGACAAGCAGCACUCCUGGAAGUUUUUUAAAAGAGGCACAGACCAGUGGAGUGGAACAAAGUAAUUUAAGUACCAAAUUGGAUUUUGAUCCUCUAGAGGAAGAAAAGCAGCAAUGGCAACUCACCAGCAGAUACUGUCACGAGAAGUCUGAGGGAAGAAAUACGGUGAUGCUUGAUUGAAACCCACAAGAAAGUAAGGGGGCUCCAGUAGCUUUUCUUAUUACUCUCCCCUUUCUGAGGGGGGAUGAACAGUUGGACCAGCACAGCUGUUGCUGCAGGAGGCCUGUGAAGAACUGGUAAUUGCAGCCACUAGGAUUAUCUGUAAUACCUAAUUCAGGGAAAUGAUCCAGCCCAGCAGUUCUGCUUUUGCUUCCUUUUCUCUUAUUUCAGAGAUUGUUGUUAAGAUAAUGGUUCGUUCUGUUUUUUCUUUUAAAGUUACUAAGAUUUAUUUGAUGCAAAAAAUUGGUAGAGAAAAUACCCUCUUUCCACAACAUCAUCUCAGAAAAAGUACAACAGCAAAGGAGCAACAUAUUUGUGGUAAAAGACCAUUUCUUAACUCAUUUUGAUACAUGAAUUAACGACUUUCUCUAUUUGCAGAUUGAUUGAUUUGGGUAUUUCAGUUUCUCUGUCCAUUAGGAAGUAUACACUGGAAUGUGGCAACCUGGUGUUCUGUGUCCACUUGUAUCAAAUUACUGUUAAUUAAUUAUUAUUUCAAUGCAAAAAUAAAGGAAGGAUUUACUAGGAAGUGAAUGUAUAUGGCGAAAUAAUACUUGCCUGUUAAAGAAAACAAGACACUUUAAAAAAUCAAAGACACAGAAGCAAAACUUUGUCUAUUAAUAGAGGCUGAAGGGCCACAAAUGCCUGGGUUAUUUUUUUUUUCACAUUUGAACAUUUGAACCAAUUGAAAUUAGACCAAAUCUUUUUAUAUUUUUUUUAAUUGUCUAAGCUGGCUCAUUCUCAUAAGAGGACUUUUAAGUAUCUAAACAACUUUCUAAAAUCUGGUCCAAAGUUCACUUGAUAGCUUUAUUAAGUGUGCAGCACUGCUUGUAUCUGUGUAAAAGCACAAAAUAACAAUGCAGUUGUUUGGAAUAGAAACUGUGGAUUCCAUAGGGAAGCAGUGAAAAGAAGAAUCCAUAAUAGGAGCUACUGAAGGUUAUCAUCUGAUUUUCUGUGAACAAGUUAAUUGGGCAAUCAGGUGCCUAAUUUGAGCAUGCUAUUUCUGCAGUUAUUUACAAAUUGUGUAAUUUACAUGCACAAGUGGCAAGAUACACUUGCAUGCAUGCAGUUACUUGGUUUUUUGCCCAAUUGUGUUCUCUAAGUCACAAAAAAAAAAAGAAAAACAGACUCUGAAAUCCAGUAAGACCCUGAGAUAUAUACACAUAUGAGUGUUUAUGAGUAUUUUUGUAUGUGUGUGUGUGUAUAUACAUGUAAAACUAUAUAUAUUAUAUAGUUUUAUAUGUGUAUAUAAAAUCUGAAAUUAACAGGGAGGAGAAAGGUUGUUUUCUUUACAAAUAGAAAAAAAAAAGACACUAAGAGUUAGUGGUUAUACUGACCUGUAUUAUCUUCUUUCCUCUCAGUAAAACAUGGAUUUUCUUUACAAGUUGUAUUUAAAUACCUCAUAGUAAUUCACAGACAUUUCAUCUUCAAACACUGGGCUUGCUGAUGGUGUACUUACUUUGAUAAAACUUAAAAUUUGGGAUUUUCCCAAGAUAUUCAUGCCAAUUUGUUCCCCACAUUUUAAAAGCACUCCAAGACUAUAAAGCAUUCCAUAAUUCGACUGUUGGACUAACAGUUUUUGCCUAUAUAUUUGUUGUUCACCUCCUUUUUGCUUUGGUGAAUUUUUUUGAAAAUAAUGUAUCAGAUUGUAUAUUGUUUCUAUAAUGUCAUGGCAUUGUGAGCAAUUUUCCCAAGGGCACUUUACGAAUUAUUGUAAUAAGAUUGUUCUUUAUAAAUUUCUGCACAGAAGAAUGGUUUUGUUGCCAGACCAGAUUGCCCUCUGGUACAAAUUGAAUAUAGAUUACAUAAAGGACUAAAGCCACAAACCAUCAAAACUGGAGAGAAAGUUGGUGUUAACGAGUCAGAAGGUAUUAAUAAAUCCUGCCAGGACAAAGCUAAAUUACCAGUAUUUUUACUCAACCUUUAAUCAGUGUUUAUAUUAAAUCAGUUUUGGAUCUUA